AUGGCUGCAGAGUGCAGCAUCUCAUCACUGGCUCGCCGUUGCCGAGCCGUCCUAAGAGCAUGCACUCGACACUCAGAUUUCGACUCCGGCCGAAGGCUCCACGCCGCCACCAUCACCACCGGCCUACUAACUGUCCCAAACUCAUUCCUUCGUAACGCCAUUCUUCACAUGUAUUCUGCAUGUUAUGAUUCAUUGUCUGCACGCAAAAUGUUCGAUCAAAUUCCCAUUACAUGUAAAGACACUGUUGAUUGGACCACGCUUAUGGGUUGUUAUAUUCACAGCGGAUUGCCCCAUGAGGGGGUUAAUUUGUUUGUUAGUAUGAGAAGGGAACAAUUAUUGGUCGAUGAAAUAACGAUAGUUGCUGUAUUCAAUGCAUGUGCCAAGUUGGGUGAUAAUGUGCUUGGGGUUCAAGGUCAGGUUUGCAUGGUCAAAAUGGGUUUGGGUAUUAGUGUUAAAGCUUGUAAUGCAGCUAUGGAUAUGUACGUCAAGUGUGGUCUAAUUGGUAAUGCGAGCCGCAUGUUUGAUGAAAUGAGUGAAAGAAGUGUUGUUUCGUGGACUGUGCUUUUGGGAGGUGUGGUGAAGUGGGAAGGUUUGGAGAAAGGGAGGUUGUUGUUUGAUGAAAUGCCUGAGAGAAAUGAAUAUGCAUGGACCAUAAUGAUCGCGGGUUAUAUCGAGAAUGGGUUCACUAAAGAAGGUUUUAGGCUUCUAAAUGAAAUGGUGUUUGUUUUUGGAUUUUGCUUGGAUUUAGCUGCUCUUUGCUCGUUAUUAUCGGCCUCUGCUCAGUGUGGAGAUGUUGUGACGGGUAAAUGGCUGCAUGUAUAUGCUCUGAGAAGAAUGGAAAAUGCAAAAACAGAUAUUAUCAUUUUUACAGCUUUGCUUGAUAUCCCACUGUAUAACUCCUAUUCUAAGCCCUCUCCAUAUGGUGAUGAGGCUCUAGAUAAUGAGUAUAAGAGUUGGACCCAACCCGACCUAUCCCGAUUUCUUAUGGUGGUGGUAUUGGUGGUGGGCUGGAGGGUCCAGAUAUGGAGGGAAGACUAA